AAUUGAGGAGUGUAAUUACUCACCUUCAAUUACACCCAAUUCCCCUUUAAAUUUGCAAAUCAAAAAUAGUUUCAGAAAUAGAGAAUACACAGUGAGACUAUUAGUAUGGCCGACGAUGAAGCAGAGAUGUACGACAGAGCUAGGGCACAGUUCCCGUUGUCCUUCGGUAAGCAAGCUAAAUCUCAAACAUCUCUCGAACUCGUUCACAACGCUACUCGCCGGAACAACACCUCCGCCGCCGCCUCCGUUACUCAACCUGCCGACGGUAAACUCGAGCCAUCACCUUUCCCUUCUCUCUCUUCUUCCUCCAAAUCCUGGCUUAAUUCCCUCAAAAACCCUAAAUCUAGUCAUGAUUCCAAUUCUAAGUCGAAGAUUAUCGGGCCGAGUCGUCCUCCUGCUGGCUUGAGCUCGAGCAAUGACAAGGAAGAGGAGGAGGAUGGUGGUAUAAUUGGACCACCUCGACCUGCUGUUGAUGCAAAGACGGAGGAGGAUGAGGAUGGUGAAAUGAUUGGGCCACCACGACCUCCGUUAAAAGAGGAGGAUGGGGAGAUGAUUGGGCCACCUCCACCGCCAUCGGGCUCAAUGGGGUCAGACUCGGAGGACGAUAUGGAAGAAGAAGAAGAACAACAAAAUCAGUAUAGGAUACCUUUGAGUAAUGAAAUAGUACUGAAAGGACAUACAAAGGUUGUGUCAGUUCUUACUGUGGACCAUUCAGGAUCAAGGGUUCUCUCUGGUAGUUAUGACUAUACUGUUCGGAUGUAUGAUUUUCAAGGAAUGAAUGCUCGGUUACAGUCAUUUAGACAGCUGGAACCAUCUGAAGGGCAUCAAGUUCGUAGUUUGAGCUGGAGUCCGACAGCAGACCGAUUUUUAUGUGUUACUGGGUCAGCCCAAGCAAAGAUCUAUGAUCGCGAUGGACUUACACUUGGGGAAUUUGUUAGAGGAGACAUGUAUAUACGUGAUCUUAAGAAUACAAAAGGUCAUAUAUCUGGAUUGACAUGUGGAGAAUGGCACCCUAAAACAAAGGAGACAAUUUUAACUUCGUCGGAGGAUGGUUCGUUGCGCCUGUGGGAUGUCAAUGACUUUAAGAGUCAAAAGCAGGUUAUUAAACCAAAACUUGCUCGGCCUGGGAGAGUUCCUGUAACAACAUGUGCUUGGGAUCGGGAAGGAAAAAGCAUUGCAGGUGGUGUAGGAGAUGGUUCUAUACAGAUAUGGAAUCUUAAACCUGGAUGGGGGAGCAGGCCAGAUAUAUAUGUAGCAAAUGCCCACUCAGAUGAUAUUACAGGAGUCAAAUUUUCAAGUGAUGGGCGGAUACUAUUGUCAAGAAGUUUUGAUGGUUCCUUGAAGGUUUGGGAUUUGCGCCAGAUGAAAGAACCCUUGAAAGUGUUUGAUGAUCUCCCAAAUAAUUAUGCUCAAACUAACGUUGCAUUUAGUCCUGAUGAACAACUGUUCAUAACUGGGACGUCUGUUGAAAAAGAUGGGACUACUGGAGGAAUGCUAUGCUUCUUUGAUCGAGGAAAGCUAGAGCUAGUGUCAAGAGUUGGAAUAUCUCCUUCUUACAGUGUUGUGCAGUGUGCCUGGCACCCUAGGCUGAACCAGAUCUUUGCAACAGUUGGAGAUAAACAUGAAGGUGGAACACACAUUUUAUAUGAUCCAACACUGAGUGAAAGAGGAGCACUAGUUUGUGUUGCUCGUGCACCCAGGAAAAAGUCUGUGGAUGAUUUCCAGGCAGAACCAGUUAUUCAUAAUCCACAUGCAUUACCCUUAUUUAGAGAUCAACCUAGUCGCAAGCGUCAGCGAGAGAAAGAACUAAAGGAUCCGCUGAAGUCACAUAAACCUGAGCUGCCAAUGACAGGGCCAGGUUUUGGUGGUAGAGUUGGUUCAACCAAGGGAAGCUUGUUAACACAAUACCUUCUUAAGCAAGGUGGCUUGAUAAAGGAGACUUGGAUGGAGGAGGAUCCUAGAGAAGCAAUCUUGAAGCAUGCUGAUGCAGCUGCAAAAGAUCCAAAAUUUAUUGCUCCAGCAUAUGCUGAUACACAACCUGAGACACUCUUUGCGGAGCCGGAUGCCGAAGAAGAAGAUAAGUAAUCUACAUGUUUCCAAAUACUUCUCUGGAUUUGCUGUUGCAAUCUGUGUAGCAGUAAUUUUUUUUUCUUUUUCCUGUAAUAUGUCAUGUAAUGAUUUUAAAAAAACAAGACUACUAGAAGCCGCAUUACUUUCUUCUAUUCUAGACAAAAAUAGAUUUCAAGGUAUCAAACCAAAGAUUGAAAUUCCAAUUUUGUGUGGUGAUUGGUGAACUGUAGCUUUGUUAAUAUCAGUGCUUGGAUGAAGCUAUCAGGGGACAAAGAUAGCAGGUUGAACUGACUGAAACUCUUCUAUUCCAUAUUUCAAGAUCAACGUGCCUUCUAGUUGUAGUUGACUUAAGCCACUUGAAUUUCCCAUAGUUGUUUAUUUAUGGGCUUGCACUCAAUAGUCAAUCAAUUUGUUUUUAUGCA